CUGUCGCCAUUUGGGAUAUGACGACAGGGAAGCGAGCGAUCGCUCUGCGGCGACACCAGCGACGAAGAGAGUUGUAAUGGAAUAUUGUGGAGGAAUUUGUUUUGCCGUUGCCGCCAUCCUACCUACCUACUGGACGGGACAUGACAAGUUAUGCGAUUGAUAUUUUUGUUGUUUUUUUCGAGCGCCGGGCGUUAUUUUUCCUCUACUCAUCUUUGGCUGGACUGGUUACAGCGACACUUAUAGAACUAGCGAUGCCAGUUGGCUCUAGUGCACACUUGGGUUUGUUCACUGGCUGGCUGGAUUGGAUAUACCCAUCAUUAUUUUUUCGGUCUUCGGUAAUUUCUGUUUUUUGUUUGGUUGUUUACUUGUAACGCAAUAUGUAGCGGUAUCGACCACAGUUCGUGGAAGGCGCGGAGAU